AUGGCUCAACGUCGUCCAACAACAAGUACUCAAAUAGAAAAAGGAUCUGGAUUAGUCGACUUAUCUGGUGUCGAUAGAAGUACUAUUCCGCAAUCUCAACAACAUUCUGAAACAGUUAUAGAUUACCCAGAAGCUAACGACGAGACAAGUGUUAGUUCAAAUGCUACUCUAAGAGUGACUGUUUAUAUGAACGAAGUACGUGGUCAACGUCAAGAAUUAACAUUCAUAAAUCGUGAAAAAAUUGGACAGGGUACAUUUGGACGAGUAUAUCGUGCAAGAAUACAACAAACAAAUGAAAUAUGUGCAAUAAAAGAAGUUGAGAUGGAAGGCCAUUUCAAAAAUCGUGAAUUAGAAAUAUUAAGACAAGUCAGUCAUACAAAUAUAUUUAAUUUGAAGUCUUAUUUUAAUAGAGCAGAUAAUGGUCAUGAUGUACUUUGCCUGGUACUCGAAUUUUUACCAAUGAGUGCAUACAUGUUGAUCAGAAACUAUCGAAAACAAAAUAGACGAGCUCCACUAUUGUAUACAAAAAUAUUUUGCUAUCAAAUGUUAAGGGCACUGGGUUAUCUUCACUCGUUAGGUAUUGCUCAUCGUGAUGUUAAACCAAGCAAUAUGGUAUUAGAUUACGAUGCCGGCGUGCUUAAGUUAUGUGAUCUAGGAAGUGCAAAAAGGCUUGUCAAAGGCGAAAGAUCCGUUGCUUACAUUUGUUCUCGCUAUUAUCGUGCGCCAGAAUUACUUUUGGGUUGUAUAGACUACAGUGUGGCUAUUGAUGCAUGGAGUGCCGGAACUGUGAUAGCAGAAUUCCUGAAUGGAUAUCCAAUUUUUCGCGGUGAUGAUUCAUCCGAUCAAAUGUAUAAGAUUAUUCGGAUAAUGGGAAUUCCCACGCGUGACGAUAUUGUGGAAAUGAAUCCACAGUAUAGAGGUGAUGUUGAUUUAACAGGGGUUCGAUUACAACCACGAACAUUACAAGGAUAUCUUCCCACGCGUACUCCAAUAAUUGCAAUCGAUCUAUGCGCACAACUACUACAAUAUCGACCGAGCUCACGUAUAACAUGUAUGAAUGCGUUAGCUACAAGUUUCUUCGACGAGUUGAGAGAACAAAGACUGAAACUUCCGAAUGGCAAACCCUUGCCGCCUUUAUUCAAUUUCAAAAAUAUAGAAGUCACACAAGGAACGGCACUUUAUAACGCACUUAUGCCCGCAUGGAUAAACGGUGAAUUAUGA